AUGUGGUCCCGAUUUGGCCGCGGGGCAGCACCACGGUGGAGAGUGGGCCUUGCAGGUGCAAGCCUUGCGGCUUCGGCCGUCGGGGCGGCAGCCGCUGCAGAUGAAGGUUUCCGUCGGUGCCUCCAGUUCUGGGCGGUGGUCUUACCGAUCUUUGCGCACUACAAGUUCGUGGACCGAAUCCUGCAUCCAAGUCCCUCCGCAGAGCGGACCGAGGCUUUCGAGAGGCUGCACGACUUCUACUCCCCCAUCGUCCGCUCGGCGACCUUGCGGCUGCGUGGCUACUACCUGAAGGUCGCGCAGUUCCUAUCCAUGCGGGACGACUAUGUCCCUCCUCAAUAUCUAUCCUGGGCGAAGAAGCUCCAGGAUGAAGCGCCUGUGGCGCUCAGCGCCCCGGAGGCGCAGCGCUGCGUCGCCGCAGAGCUAGGACUGCAUGGCCUUGAUGCAGCUUUCGAAGACUGGAGCACUGUGCCGAUCGGCUCCGCUUCGAUCGGACAGGUGUAUCUAGCUCGGCUGCGAUCGAGCGGAGAGCGGGUUGCUGUGAAGGUGCAGAUGCCGGGGGCAGAGCACUUGUUUCGAGUGGACAUCAAGACUCUCAAGCUUUUUACAAGCUUCGCCUUUCCUUGGGCGGUGGACCACAUGAGCGAGCUGGAGGCGAUGUUCGAGUCUGAGUUCGACUAUGCGCUGGAGCGGGAAAACAUGGAGCGCGUCAGGGCAAACGUCGAGCAGCGGUGGGGAAAGCGCGUGGCCAUUCCGAAAACGUAUCCGGAGUUGUGCAGCCGGCGUGUUCUGUGCAUGGAGUAUCUCGAGGGGGAGAAGCUGGUCGAUGGCAUCCUCCGGCGGGUCCGUGCACUGGCUUCCAAAGCAGGCAGAGACCCAGAUGAGGUCGUCGCCGACCACCUCGAGAAGCUCCGAACUGGGAAGCUGAUGGCGCGAAGUGCCUACGCGGCCAAAUGGCGUGCAAGGGCCUGGCAGGUCUGGCAAAGACUCCAGGGCAUAGAGGACAUUAACAUCCCGCAGCUGAUGGAGACGUUGAUGACCAUCCAUGGGGAGCAAGUGUUCACCGACGGCCUCUUCAAUGCGGACCCUCACCCUGGCAACGUCCUCAUGCUCAAGGAUGCUGCCCGCGCGGUUGGUCUCAUCGACUUCGGGCAGGUUAAGGAGUUGUCCAUUGACUUCCGGAUCCAACUUGCCAAGCUGAUGAUUGCCCUGGCGAGAAGAGAUCAGGCGGAGGUUGUGCGGCUGGACAAGGAGAUGGGCAACCGCACUCGCAACUCCAAGUCCGACGUGCGGUACAGGGUGCUGUCAUUCUGGCUCGACCGCGACACCGACGAUGUCACCCAGGGGCAGAGCUUCCAUGACUUCCUUGCAUGGGCUGAGGCCGAAGAUCCGCUGGUGGACAUGCGCCAGGAGUUGCACUUAGUCAUGCGCUGCUCCUGUAUGAUACGAAACCUGGCAUUGACCUUUGGCAUUCGGCUUUCGACUGCGGAGUAUUGGAGACCUCUGGCUCAGGCCCUGCUCCAGAAGCACAGCAUCACAUACUGA